AUGGGUUCUACACGCCAGGUCUAUCUUCUGCCUCUGAAAGAUGAUGGUACACCCGAUGUACCGGGCGGUUAUAUCUAUCUGCCUCCUCCGACAUCCCCCGCGUACUUGUUGCGCUUCGUGAUUGAAGGCACAAGCUCUAUCUGUAGGGAGGGCAGCUUGUGGGUGAACAUACCGGAAGAAGGCGCAGCUUUUGCUCGAUCAAGCUUCCGUCAAUUCAGUCUUCAACCGGACUUCAACAAGGAUAUUCACAUCGAUGUGCCCAUAACCCAGGCGGGUGCGUUCGCCUUUUAUACGACCUACUCGCCGCUUCCGAAUUUCACCGCUUCGAAUCUACCUUCGCCAAAGCAGGAAAAGACUGGCCUCCACUAUGUCGACGUGUCACCAUCAUUGGCUCUGCGAGGCGUGAACCUACCCUUGGAUGCGCUUUCCAUAUUUUCAGUUAUAUCUAAAUUCAUGGGAAAGUACCCAACAGACUGGGACAAUCAUUUACGCGGUAUAUCGCUACGAAACUACAACAUGAUUCAUUUUACACCACUGAUGAAACGAGGUACAUCCAAUUCACCAUACAGCAUCUACAAUCAACUAGAAUUCGACACAGCCUCGUUCCCUAACGGAGAGAAGGAUGUCGCAGAGCUAGUCAAAAGGAUGGACCAGGAAUACGGUCUGUUGGCAAUGACCGACGUUGUGUGGAAUCAUACAGCGAACAACAGCAGGUGGUUGGAAGAGCACCCGGAAGCUGGAUACAAUAUCCAAACAGCACCAUGGCUAGAAGCUGCUCUAGAACUCGAUAAUGCACUGCUCAAGUAUGGUAAUGGCCUGGAAAGCCUCGGUUUGCCCACCGAGUUUCGCAGUGUUGACGAUCUCUUGAAGGUUAUGAGCGGGAUGCACAAGCAUGUCAUUGACGAAAUCAAGCUGUGGCAAUUCUACGUUAUAGACGUGAAAGAAAACACUAGCCGAAUCGUAGAGGAGUGGACAAAGAGUUCAGAGCCAGUAGAGCUCAUUGUUGAUGUUAAAUCAUGGAGUCUAAAGCAAAAAGCAGACUUCAUUCGCCAACAUGGUCUUCCGGGAACAUCUCGACUUCUCGGGAGGUUCUCCAGAACUGUGGAUAAGAAGGUGGCCUCACGCUUGCUUAUUUCUCUAUUUGGGCCGAAAAGCACAAGCUCGACAGACACAUCUACGGUUGAAGCAGGACUAACACAAAUCCUUGACGAAGUUAAUCUCCCCUUCUAUAAGGAGUAUGACUCGGAUGUUACAGUAAUAUUAGAUCAAAUAUUCAACCGGAUCAAAUACGUUAGGAUCGAUGAACAUGGGCCCAAACUAGGGCCGGUCACCAUGUCCAGUCCACUGGUUGAAACAUAUUUUACCAGACUACCUGUCAAUGAGACCACCAAGCGUCACGAUUCUCGAUCGCUAGCAUUGGUCAACAACGGUUGGAUAUGGAAUGCCGAUGCUAUGAAAGACAAUGCUGGGCCAGACUCUCGGGCCUAUCUCCGCCGAGAAGUUAUUGUAUGGGGAGACUGUGUGAAGCUGAGGUACGGCUCAUCUCCUGAGGAUAAUCCAUUUCUCUGGGACUAUAUGGCCAAAUACACACGGCUUAUGGCGAAGUACUUCUCUGGUUUUCGAAUUGACAAUUGCCACUCCACUCCGUUGCCCGUGGCCGAGUAUCUCCUUGAUGAGGCACGUAAAGUCAGGCCAAAUUUGGCUGUCUUCGCUGAGCUCUUCACAGGGUCUGAAGAAACUGACUACGUCUUUGUCAAACGUCUCGGUCUUAGUGCGCUUAUUAGAGAAGCGAUGCAAGCGUGGAGUACCACUGAAGUUAGCCGGCUAGUACAUCGACACGGGGGACGACCGAUUGGAAGCUUCGAGUUAGAUCUUCCAACAGGGUCUUCUGGGACAUCAAAGGAAGGAGAAAUUGUCGUCCAUAUUCGUCAGAGUCCUGUCCACGCCUUGUUUAUGGAUUGCACACAUGAUAACGAAGUUCCGGCUCAAAAAAGAGAUGCAAGAGAUACAUUGCCCAAUGCUGCACUUGUCGCAAUGUGUGCUUCUGCAACUGGAAGUGUUAUGGGAUAUGACGAAAUAUAUCCCAAACUUAUUGACCUCGUCUCUGAGACACGUCUGUAUUCAUCCAAAUUCUCUGAGAGUGCUUCGAUUGAAGUGGGUCCGGGUGAAGGUGGCAUUGGUGGAAUCAAGAGACUUCUAAACCAGCUUCAUACCAAAAUGGGUAAAGAAGGAUACGACGAAACUCAUAUUCAUCACGACGGGGAAUAUAUUACCGUUCAUAGAGUGCACCCAAAGACAAGAAAAGGUGUCUUCUUGAUUGCGCAUACCGCAUUCCCUGGGUACGGAAAUGGAAAUGGUUCUCUUGCGUCGACUCAUAUAACCGGUACUCAUGCAAAGCUUAUUGGAAGCUAUAAGCUGGAAGUGGAUAAUAGUGAAGAGUCACGAAGCAAUGCCUUAGAAGACAAAACUUCUCUACGAGGCCUACCUAGCAGGGUGGUUAGUAUUGAAGGUGCUUCUGUCAAAAUCGAAGGAAAUGACUCUAGUAUAUCUGUGACAGAGAGCUUGGUCCCUGGAUCCAUCGCCCUACUUGAGACGUGGAUCCCAAGUGCUGAACACGCAGAUGGUUUGGAUAAUUACAUAACUAGCGGUGCAGAUGAGGCUUUCUCAAAGCUUGAUCUGAUCGAUCUCAACUUCUUCUUGUAUAAAUGCGAAGCCGAAGAAAGGGAUUCUAGUGACGGUAAGGAUGGGGUUUACAACAUUCCUAAUCAUGGACCCCUGGUUUAUGCUGGCCUUCAGGGCUGGUGGAGUCUCCUUGAGACGAUAAUUAGAUAUAAUGAAUUAGCACAUCCACUUUGUGACCAUUUACGCCAGGGUCAGUGGGCUUUGGAUUAUAUUGUGGGCCGCUUGGAAAGAGCGGUUAGUCAAGACAUCUAUAUUCGUCUGGAUUCCGCAGCAUCAUGGCUACGAAAACGCUUCGAUGUUGUCAGGACAUUGCCCAGCUUUCUGCUUCCGCGAUACUUUGCCAUUAUUGUGCAAAGUGCAUUCACGGCAGCAUGGCGACGGGGUAUUCAAUUAUUCAGCGAGAAUAUUCAGCAUGGACAACAGUUCAUCCAUCAGCUAGCAAUGGUUAGUGUGCAGCAGGUUGGCUACGUCAAGUCGGCAUCGGUGUGGCCGACCAAGAACGUCCCUAGCCUUGCUGCUGGUCUUCCACAUUUUGCCGUGGACUGGGCACGAUGCUGGGGUCGUGACGUUUUUAUCUCUCUUCGCGGCUUGCUUCUCUGCACCGGCCGCUUUGAUGAAGCUAAAGAGCAUAUAUUUGGCUUUGCCAGCGUUCUCAAACAUGGAAUGAUUCCUAACCUUCUUAGCAGCGGAAAACUUCCUCGGUACAACUCUCGAGACUCGGUCUGGUUUUUCUUACAAGCAAUCCAAGAUUAUACAAAGAUGGUCCCCAAUGGCAUACACAUUUUAGACGAAAAGAUCCCUCGGCGAUUUUUGCCUUAUGAUGAUACUUGGUUUCCACAUGAUGACCCAAGAGCAUAUUCCAAAACCUCAACGAUUAGAGAAAUUAUCCAGGAAGUUUUCCAAAGACAUGCAUCGGGACUUAGUUUCAGAGAGUACAAUGCUGGGCCAGCGCUUGAUGUUCAAAUGAAAUCACAGGGCUUCCAGAUAGACGUCAAGGUUGAUUGGGAAACCGGCAUUAUAUUUGGCGGCAGUCAGUUCAACUGCGGCACGUGGAUGGAUAAGAUGGGUGAAAGUGAGAAGGCCGGCAGUAAAGGCUUUCCGGGAACUCCGCGAGAUGGGGCGGCAAUAGAAAUCACUGGUCUAUGCUAUAGUGCUUUGCAAUGGGUCGAAAAGCUUCGUGCAGACGGAAAAUACGAGUAUGAGGGCGUUGACAUCGGAGAAGGCAAAUCUAUCGCGUUCGCGGAAUGGGCAUCGCGAAUCAAAAAGAACUUUGAACGAUGCUACUACAUACCUCUUGAUAGUAAAGAUGACGACAAAUACGACAUCGAUUCCUCUAUCGUCAACCGACGAGGAAUAUACAAAGACCUCUACAAGUCCGGCAAACCCUACGAAGACUACCAACUCCGGGCCAACUUUCCAAUUUCCAUGACCGUCGCACCUGAUCUCUUCAAUCCCGACCAUGCUCUUCAUUGUCUCUCAGUGGCCGACUCUGUGAUACUAGGCCCUACAGGUGUCGCUACCCUCGAUCCAUCAGACUUCAACUAUCGGCCCAACUACAACAAUUCAGAAGACUCGACCGACUUCACAACCUCAAAGGGUAGGAAUUAUCACCAAGGACCCGAAUGGCUCUGGCCUCGGGGUUACUUUUUGAGAGCUCUGUUGCAUUUCGACUUGUUGCGUCGAAAAACCGCACAUGAGCGCACGGAGACCUUCCAGCAGAUCACUAGGAGACUAGAGGGGUGCAAAGUAGCCCUCAAAGAAAGCCCAUGGAAAGGCUUGACAGAGUUGACAAAUCAGAAUGGGGCUUAUUGUGCAGAUUCGUCUCCCACCCAGGCAUGGUCAGCAGGAUGCCUUCUUGAUGUCUACUACGACGCUUCGAAAGUAACUUCUCAUUAG